GGGGCCCCGGAGGGGAGGGAGCCGCUGGUUGGUUUUCCUUAAAGGGCCCGUCCCCGCCCGGCCUUUUCGGGCUUUCCCGAGACAGGCUCUAGUCGGUUUCCCGAAAUUCACAUCCCCCUGCCUGCCCGGUAACCCGCCAGCGUCCUCGACCCACCAUGCCCCCCAAAUAUGACGUGUUGAGUCAAGACGAACUGCGCAAAAGGCUGUACCAGACGUUUAAGGACCGGGGUGUCCUGGACACGCUCAAGACACAGCUGAGAAAGCAGCUUGUCCAGGAGUUGAUGCAGCCUGUAUUGAGCGGAGAAAUGCAGCCCCCAUCCAUUUCAGUGGAAGGGAGCGCCCUCUUAAUAGGCGCUUCUAACUCUCUAGUGGCAGAUCACUUGCAAAGAUGUGGCUAUGAGUAUUCACUUUCGGUUUUCUUUCCAGAAAGUGGCUUGGCAGAAGAAAAGGUAUUUACUUUGCAGGAUCUAUUACAACUCAUUAAAAUCAAGCCUGAAUCCAGUCUCUACAAAUCACUGGUUUCAGGAUUUGGUAAAGAAAACAAAAAAGGUUUUCUCGUGGAGUUUCUAAAAGAAAUGGCAGAACAUCAUCAGGCUAAAGAGACUUGUGACAUGAACACACAGACAAAUCCAACAUUUCCUAACAAAGACUCUCUUGCUGACAAGCUUCAGGAUAUUGACGAUCAGUUUGCAGGUGCUUACCCUCAGCAUCCAAAGUUAGAAUCUUUAGAAAUGAAGUUAAAUGACUAUAAGAGAGAAAUAAAACAGCAGCUUCAGGCAGAAAUGCAUGAAAGGUUCAAGCAUUUUAAAAAUACUGAAAUAGUAAAAAUUAAAAUGGAAGAGAAAAGAAAGUCAGAGAAGGAAUUAGAAAAGUUCUGGAAUGACGUUGAGAGAACUUGUCAAGCAAAAUCUGAAGCCCUCCUUUCUCGGGAAAAGAUGUCCCUUGAGAGAAUUCAAAAGCACCAGGAGAUGGAAACAAGAGAAAUUUAUGCUCAAAGACAGCUUCUUCUAAAAGAUAUAGAUUUGCUAAGAGGCAGAGAAGCAGAGCUGAAGCAAAGAAUUGAAGCUUUUGAAAUGGUUCAGAGGCUACAGGAAGAAAAAUACAGAAGUGUGACUGAUGCACUUAAGAGACGGGAGCUGAAUAUAAAGAGCAUGGAGGAGACCUAUGACCAGAAGCUCAAGAAUGAAAUUCUGAAGUAUCAACUUGAGAUAAAGGACAACUACAUUGCCAGAACGAACAGACUGGUUGAAGAGGAAAGGAAGAUUAAAGAAAAAGCUAUACUUUUACAAGAGCAGCUCACAAUUGUUAAUUCAAAAAAGGAAGAACUCAGUGAUUCUGCAAAUCAUGUGAAAGAUCUUGAGCUUGAGCUCGAGUCUCUCAAGGCCCAGUCUUUGGCAUUAACAAAGCAAAACCACCUGCUAAAUGAAAAGGUGAAAGAAAUGAAUGACUAUUCACUUCUAAAAGAAGAGAAACUGGAGCUUCAGGCACAAAAUAAAUUACUUAAACAACAACUGGAAGAGAGCAGAAAUGACAACUUGCAUCUCUUAAACCGCAUAGCUCAGCCAUCUCCUGAGCUGCUAAAUUUUCAGAAACAAUUAAAGAAAGCAGAAACUGCUAUCAUAUUGGGGCAUAAGGAGUUCGAAACCCACAAGGAAGCUCUGCACAAACAGCUGCAAAGCGAAAUUGAGCAUUCUGCAAAGCUGAAGGCCCAGAUAUUAGAUUAUGAUGCCUCUGUAAAGACGUUAACUAUGCAAGUGGCUGAUUUAAAAUUGCAACUGAAACAAACUCAGAAAGCCCUGGAGAAUGAGGUGUAUCGCAAUCCAAAGAUGUCUGUGUUCCAUCGUUCUGCCAGUGGAUUCAUGAUGCCUCCUGAUGGUGAAAUAAGCGGAGAUUCAUUGAAAAAUCCUCUCAAACAGGAAAAGCUUAUGACAGGCAUAGUCAUGCCAAGGAUCAUAAAUUAUCCAUAUGCAAACAUGGAUGGUAGCUCCCCUGAUUCUGACCUUGAAUUUGUAGCCAACACCAAGGCAAGAAUGAAAGAGCUAGAGCAGGAGGCCAAAUGCUUAGAAGAUGCUUUCCUAGAUUACCGUCAGAGAGUUAGUCAAUACCCUGUUGCUAGAAACCCACUAGUAUCCAAGAGCCCUCCACCCCUGCACUUGCGAGGACCGCUUAAAAACAUGACUUCAAGUUCUUCGGAAAGGUGUCUUUUUGCAGAGGAAGGAGCUGUGCCCAAGCAGCCUCUGGUGGGCAACAUGGAAGAAGUGCUGGGCAAUGUAGCCUCAUGGAUACACAGAGGCACUGGCAGACGCCUCUCCUCCACUCCUGUAGAGAAAGCUAAACAAAGCCUUGAUGAUGAAAUGGAUCUGGAAGGUCUGGCCCAAUUCCACAUUGCUGCCCCCAGUCCUUCUGAAAGAAUGCUUCAGCCUUCACCAACUGAAUCUAGGCACAGCCUUUCCAUCCAUUCACUCUCUGGCCCUCUGGAGCAGAAGGCUGAUCUUUACCAGAGACAAACUGAACUUCAAGAUAGAAAUGAAUUUUCAAAUGUGGACAAGCUAUCUUUUAAGGAUAAUGAGGAAUCUGAAUCAUCUUUUGAAUAUGCAGGGGACAUGGCAAUGCAGUUUGAAAUGGAGGGCCUCCAUCCUGCCGGUGACAUGCCUCACUUGGACGCUGCUGCAGCUGCUCUUCCUGCCAGACCUGUCUCCUCUCAUCACCCAAGCAUAGAUGAGAAAGAAAUUGGAGAAGAGAGUGAAGAAGAAAGAAUAUGGAACCUGCUGAAAGAAAAGCACAGAGAGGAAAGAAGGCAGAGUGAACAGGAAGCUUUAGAAAGGGAACGAAGAGAUCUAGAAAAACUGGAUCAAGAAAGGCGGAUUAUUGAAGAGUCUUUGAAGACUGAAAUGGAGAAAGCGUUAGAAGUGAGUGUUCAAGAAAUGGAAGACAGAUCUGUUUGUGGUGAAAAUCCUUUGGAGAAGUACAUGAAAAUUAUUCAGAAGAACCGAGACGAGAAGAAGGCAGAUAAGAGCUCAAUAAAGAGUGUCAGAGAAGGUUCACAAAUGGACACACUGCCCUCUAGUGACAAAGACGAAAGGUAUGCUCUCCCCAAUACUGUUCUUAAGCAAACCCUUAUCAUAUUGCUGGCUUUGUUGGCCAAGGGAACCCUUCAGAUGUUGGAGUCUGCCUGUAAGAAAUGAUUUAAUUAAUCAAAAUUACUGACUUUAAAACAAAUCUUGCAUUUUUAAGUUGUGAUACUGGUACUGAUACAAACUGUAAGUGAGGGCAGAAACCCCACAGGAAAAAAAUGAGAACAUUAGAAAGGUCC